AUGAUGAUGAAGUGCUGUCUGCUGUGUGCCCUGUUGGUGCUCGCCCUGUGCUGCUGCCCGUCCGUGUGUGAUGCAAAGGAUACGCCGGUUCAAGCUUCUUCCCAGACGACGACGAGUAUUAAAACAGAGCCAACGGACACUAACAAGCAUACUGAGCCUGAAGACCUUUCGACGAAAAGUGUGAUUACAGCAAAGGAACUGGUCGUUAACUCUGAGACUGAGGAUGAAGCAAAUGGUCCCGCCACCACUCUCCGUUCCCCCCCAGAGGGAGAACAGGGGAAAGGUAAGACGGGGUCGUCAGGUUCGGUGCCCGCUGCGGAACAGGAUGAUACUGCCAGGGAUGGACAAAGUUUGGCCGGUCCGGAUUCGCAUUCAAGUGUUGCGACCAGUACUUUAGAGAGAGAGGGUACGGAUGGUACAUCAGAGUCACAAAGCCACACGAGUACGGCUGCAGAGAAAGCAACUGAGGAAGCCAAAGAUUCUGCCCAGAUGACCACGACGACCACCACUACGACUACGGAGGCGCUAACCACGACGACCACCCACGCACCGUCGCGGCUUCGCGAAGUGGACGGCAGCCUCAGCAGCUCUGCGUGGGUGUGUGCCCCGCUGGUGCUCGCCGCAUCCGCGCUGGCGUACACCGCUGUGGGCUGA